AUGGAGGAGGUUGCUAACAGUUUCUUCGCAGCUGCAUGGACGUCCUGGGACGCCGAGACUCCCUACGAUUACUGCAUCAACCAGCAGGUCUUCUGGUUCGUUGCCGCGGGCUACAACAUCGCUGUCGACAUAUACAUCGUCAUCAUUCCGAUUCCAGAACUGCUCAAGUUGAAUCUGAGUAUGCGGAAGAAACUCAUGCUUGUGGCGAUAUUCAGCACAGGCGCGAUAUACGAUGUUAACACCAACAGCACAAUCAUCGUCUCCAUCUCCCGCCUCUGGGCCCUCGCCCAAUACGGCGCUUCCACCAACCCCAUCUACGACAACAUGCUCUCGGGCAUCUUCUCGCCCCUCGAACUCAACGUCGGCAUAAUCGCAAUGUGCAUGCCCGCCUUCCGCCGCUUCGUCGCGCGCUUCCUACCACGCUGGUUUGGCAGCACGUUGGGCUCGUCGGCAAACACGCCGCGGUAUACUGCCGAGGCGACGCGCAGGAUUAAGCAGGAUACGCUGGGCGGGAGUCUGUUUCAGACGACGAUUAUGAAGACGGUUGAUGUUAGUGUUAAAGAGGAGGUAAGGGGCGAGGACGAGGUGGGGCUGGUGGAUUUGAGGGAUGGGAGGAGUGAGGAGGAUGUGGGGAAGAAGCCGGAUAGUUUGUAUAGGGCCAGGCACCAGGAGACGCUGCCGAAGAAUUGGUGA